AUGGUCCGUUCGUUCACCGCGUCGCUCAGCCCAAACGACGACCCGUCCGUCACAGUUCCCCUCUGGUGGAACAUCAACCGUCUGUAUUACGACUCAAGUGGUAACCACAUCUCAGAGUCUGUUACAUGGGGCGGCGAGAUCGAGGACACAAACUACUCCCGAGGGAAGAAUCUUACUGGAGCUGAGGUCAGCGACCUAAUCACCGACGCAAUCUCCGCCAAUCAACUGCCUUAUAACGAGGAUGGAGUGUACUUCGUGCUUUCAGAUGAGACUGUAUGCCAAGGGUUGUCACCCACCAAAAAGACAGGUUUCUGCGCUAGCUACUGCGGGUGGCACACGCACGGCCGAGCCUCCAGCUUCGGAAACAUAGUGUUCGCUUGGGUCGGGAACGCCGCAGCAUUAUGCCCCAGGGCUUGCAUUCCGGCACCUCUGCAUGCCAGCAAAGCGGCGCCGCCCAAUCAGGACGCGGGGAUGGAUGGGCUGCUGUCGGUGUUUGCACAUGAGCUGAUAGAGGCCUCGUCGAACCCGCUCGUUGGGAUGUGGUUCGAUGACAGCGGCGAGGAGAACGGCGACAAGUGCGCGUGGUCGUGA